AAGCAUCACACACACAUUGGGAAAGCUGGACGGAACGGAUCGAUUGUUGUGGUAGCGAGCAAAAAGCGAAGCGAAAAAGUUUGCAUUGAACGCUUCACCUUCGAACUGCGCGGCUGCGAUUGCAACAAGUGCACCGACAAGUGCACCGUUAGAAUGUAAAGGGGUAGCGGUGGUGGCACGGAAGGACACAAACAAGGGCACAAUAGCGCGCGCGAGAGAGAGAUCGAGCCCGUAGCAGAGAGUCGGCAGCACGCGCAGAAACUAGAAACCUUUUUUUUUUUAAUACGCCAAUCGAACGGGGAAUGACGAUCGGUUGCAGUCCGGUGAUGCUUUGGCAAGGAAAAACCUGUUCCUCUCACAGGGAGCAGGAACUCCCAUUCGUAUAAUGCAUAUCAUUUAAGCGGUGCACCGUGCAACAACCACCGCGGAAUCUUAACGACCGGAUUCCGCGCGAAGGAAUGGAACGGUAGUUCAUCAGCAUCAUUGUCGUGCGUGGCGUUGCGCUUGUGAUUGUUUCGUGCUUCCCUCCAGGAUAUUGAUAGCCAAUUACACCUGCGCACACGGGGACGAACGGUGGUAGUUUGUGCUGUGAACGGAACAGGAAAAUUGACACGUAAAAACGGAAGUGAAUGAGCAGUUUUUCAUCGCCCACACGGGAACACGAGCAAUUCCGGGAAGCGAAAGGUGAUAAAAAAAGAUCGUAAGACCGGUGGAACGGUUCUGCAAGUGGCAGUGCCACCCUCGUAUCGUAGUUUAUCGUCCCCAACCCGGUGCAAUGUGUCACAGUUGCAGUCGAUUUCGUGCCUCACCCGGUGCGCGGUGUAGCGGUGCGUUCUCCAGUGUGCCGCCCGCCCGCCGUUAGUGCAAAGUAAUGCACUGGUGUGGUAGCGUGUGUUGUCUCCGUGUUGCGUUUUAUGAUCAGUUUCAUCGGUCACCCAUUGCCGGGGAUGCGCUAGAAAUACAAAACGACAAAACGAUCGGGCCGAGUUUAUGAGGGUGUGUGUGUGUGAUAUAUGGAACAUCAAGCAAAACCGCGGUAGAAAGUGUUAUCGGGCUGGGUGGCAGACGAAAGCCAUUUUGUUGUGUGAGAAGUGCAUCGAGUGUUUGAAGAGGAGGGGAAGAAAAGUGUGGCCGUUUCUAAAAAUAAUAGGUAAUAAAUGACCGAUAGAAAAUUGCCAAUUAGUAGCCCAUCGGAACAGGCCACGGCUAACCGCAGCCCGCAGCUGCUGCACCAUCAUCACCUACUGCAGCAGCAGCAGCAACAGCAUCCUGCUGCACACAACAAUCAUCACCAGCAGCAGCUUUUGAGGCGGCUGGCCGGGGAGCAGCAGCACCAGCACGGCAUUGCAACGGCCGGCGGCACUGGUGAAACGCUCGCCGGUGAAGGUGGUGCUGGUGGUGGUGGCAGUGGCCCAGUUCCGUCCGUUGCACCGGCACCACCCCCGCGCGGCACGUCCACGCUGAGUUCUGGCAGCCAUCAUCUGCAGGCCGCCGUCGCGCUGGCGAGCGUCAACAGCAACAGUUUGGGCGGCGUCGCAGGCAUCGGCAGCAGCACCAACCAUGCGGGCACGGCGGCCGCCGCUAACAGUGCCAAGCACGCGAACAUGCACCGUCUGAAGCACACGAGCUCGUUAACCACUAGCAUCUAUCCAGAGCUUUAUGACAAAGGCAACCGAUUAUCUCAUUCAAGUGAUACCAGCCAGGCAGAUACCAUGACUUCCGUAACGAGCUCGUCGCUAGACUCGGACGAGGUAGAUCUCUCCGGUCUGGUGGAAUCCGUGGUCGAUUCAGACGAGGAGGACAUUGCUGAGAGUAUAGAUAGUUUAAGCGUGCGCGAUACGGUACGAGAAUGUUUGGAAAAGGAUCCGACCGACCGGACGGUGGAGGACAUUGAGAUACUGCUCGAGUUUACGCAGAAGCUGAAAGCGUUCACCAACAUGACGUUCGCCGUGCGGCGCGCCCUCUGCGCGGUGAUGGUGUUUGCGGUGGUCGAGAAGGCCGGCACGGUCGUGAUGAACGACGGCGAGGAGCUGGACUCGUGGAGCGUGCUGAUCAACGGGCACGUGGAGAUCGAGCAUGGGACGGGCGAGGUCGAGUAUCUGCAUUACGGCGACAGCUUCGGCAUCAUGCCGACGAUGGACAAGCUGUACCAUCGGGGCGUGAUGCGCACCAAGUGCGACGACUGUCAGUUCGUGUGCAUCACGCAGACGGACUACUACCGGAUACAGCACCAGGGCGAGGACAACAUACGCAAGAUCGAGGAGGACGGCCAGGUCGUGAUGGUGACCGAGUUGCGCAACAGCACGGGAGAGAACGGGUCGCGCAAGGGGUACGUGGUGAUACGCGGCACGGUCGAGCGGCUGAUGCACCAGCUGGUCGAGGACACGACGCUGACCGAUCCGAACUACGUGGAAGACUUCCUGCUCACAUGCCGCACCUUCAUCAACAAUCCGAUCGACAUCUCGAAGCAGCUGCUGAAGUGGUUCAACGUGGAUGGCGGUGGGUCCAGCGAGGACGGAGGCUCGACCGAUCUGGUCGAUAAUGCGGCGGCGGCGACGGCGGUAUCGAUCGAUCGAUCGUCUCACUUGUCAUCCGGCACGCUGGACAGUGUGCUGUGCGACCGGGUGACGCGCGUCGUACUGCUGUGGGUAAACAAUCACUUUACGGAUUUCGACACCGAUCCGCAGAUGAUGGAGUUUUUGGAAAUCUUCGAAUCGGCGCUGGAGAAACGGAGCAUGUACGAGCAGCUGCGGCUGCUGCACGUGUACGCGCAGCACAAUGCGCGGGAAAGGAACGUUACGCUUGCGCGCAGCUCGCGCGACGAAGAUCUGAACUUCCAGAUUUCGGGCGGCCCGGGCGGAAUCUUCAUUACGCGCGUCGAGCCGAAAACGAAAGCGUACGAGGCGGGCCUGAAGCGGGGCGACCAGAUACUGGAGGUGAAUGGGCAGAGCUUCGAGCACGUGACGUGUGCCCGGGCGCUCGAGAUUCUGAUGGGCACGACGCACCUGAGCAUCACGGUCAAGAGCAAUCUGUGGGCUUUUAAGGGCAUGCUGUCGAGUGCGGACGGUGAUUCGAGCAAGCUGAAGAUCGACCUCAAGAAGGGGCUGCGGACGGAGCUGCUGCAGUCGCAGAAGUCGCUCGAUCUGGUGGACAAGGUCGGUGGAGGGUUGCUGCCGGCGCCCCAGUUUCUGAUGCCGCUGCCCGUCCGGGACAUCGAGUACGGGCGGAAGGAUUCGGGCGCAUCGACACCGUCCGCCCAGAUGAACAACAACAAGGGCGGCAGCUUCAUGACGCUCGGUGGCAAGAAGCGCAUCCAGAAGGCGCUGAUCAAGAUGAACCUACUGCCAAAGAAUAGCGUCUUCCAGGAUGAUAAUAUUAACAACAAUCACAACAAUGGCGGUGGAGGAGGCAGCAACAACAGUAGCAGCAGCAGCGGCGGCGGCGGCGCAAACAACGGCAACAGCAACAACGGUAGCAGCUACGAGGGUGGCAGCGACCGGUCGUCGGGUAUCAGCGUCAACUUCUCCUCGCAGGCGUCCUCCAUCUCCACCUCCUCGAUAACGACGGCCGAUUCGGACGAAACGCCACCGACCUCCGCCUACCAGAGCAAUCCGGAUCUGCGCGAAAAUCCCUCCACCCCGGCGAAGGCCCAAUCGACGGAGGCGAUCGUGCCGGCCAAGACGGGCGGCACGAUGUACUACGAGGAGCUGCGGGCGAGCGACUUCCCCGAGCACAUCCUGAAGGUGUACAAGUCGGACCAGACGUGCAAGUACCUGCUGGUGCACAAGGAGACGACUGCGCACGAGGUGGUGAUGCUGGCGCUGCAAGAGUUCGGCAUACACGAUCCGAGCUCGAACUUUUCGCUGUGCGAGGUGAGCGUCGGCGAGGGCGGCAUGAUCAAGCAGCGCCGACUGCCCGACCAGCUGCAAAAUCUGGCGGAACGGAUCGGGCUCAGCUCGCGGUACUACCUGAAGACGAACGGCAUCACGGAGACGCUCGUGCCGGACGAUGUGGCGCCGGAGCUGAUACGCGAGAGUGCGGUACACUUUCUGCAGCUGAACGCGAACGAGCUGGCGAUACAGCUGACGCUGCAGGACUUUAGCAUCUUCCGGCAGAUCGAGUCGACCGAGUACAUCGACGAUCUGUUCAACCUGAAGAGCCGGUACGGCAAGCCGAUGCUGGUGCGCUUUGCCGAGCUGGUCAACCGGGAGAUGUUCUGGGUGGUGACGGAGGUGUGCAGCGAGCACAACAUGAUGCGCCGGUGCAAGAUCAUCAAGCAGUUCAUCAAGAUCGCCCGGCACUGCAAGGAGUGCAAGAACUUCAACAGCCUGUUUGCGAUCGUAAGCGGACUGGGGCAUGCGGCGGUCAGCCGGCUGCGACAGACGUGGGAAAAGCUACCGUCAAAGUAUCAGAAGCUGUUCAACGAUCUGCAGGACCUGAUGGAUCCGUCGCGCAACAUGUCCAAGUACCGGCAGUUGAUCCAGACGGAGCUGAACGCGCAGCAGCCGGUCAUACCGUUCUAUCCGGUGGUGAAGAAGGACCUGACGUUUAUCCAUCUCGGCAACGAUACGAAGAUCGACAGCCUGAUCAACUUCGAGAAGCUGCGCAUGAUCUCGAAGGAGAUCCGGACGCUGCUGCACAUGUGCAACUCGCCGUACGACAUACUGACCAUGCUGGAGUACAAGUGUCAGCCCCCGAGCUCGGCAAUGCUGGCGCUCAACCAGAUGUCCGUACCGUCGGGCAGUGGGAAUUUGAUGCUCGCCCCGCCUGCACCACCCCCACCGCCCCCGGUUACGUCGGUGGCGGCGGCGUUCGUGCACAGCCAGACGGUGAAGCGGCGGAAGAAGUCAACGGCCGCCCCGAAUCCGAAGAAAAUGUUCGAAGAAGCGCAGAUGGUACGGCGCGUCAAGGCGUACCUGAACAACAUGAAGGUCAUCACGGACGAGGACGAGCUGCACCGGUUGUCGCUGGAGUGCGAGGCACAGGGCGGUACCACGCCGAACACGGUCCAGGUGCGCAAGCGCUACCCAUCGCCCACGCUCUCCACCACGUCGAGCACCAGCUCGACGAGCGAAGGCAAGAAGGGUGCGCUCGGGCUGGGCAUGAGCAGCCUAUCGAUCGGUAGCGCCAGCAGCGGCAACAGUGGAGCACCAAAGUUCGGUGCCGCCUCACCGCAAGCCGUCAAGAAGCUGCUUUCCCUGUCCGAGCAGACGAAAACGCGCCCCCACCAACCGAGACACCCGACGACUGGGGCGAUCCUGCCGCCGCCGCUCACCAACAUGCAUCACCAUCACCACGGGCACCAUCACGGGGGGCUGGUGGGGCACCUGAACAGUACGCUGUCGCACUUCCACCAUCCACACGCGGCAUACCUGCAACACGCCGGUGGUGGUGGUGGUGGUGGUGGUGGUGGCGCAGGUCUAACAAUUAGCCCCUCGCAAUCGCCGGCCCACUGUUGUGUCGGACCAACCGGAACUACGACCGGCAGUGGUUCAGGUGGUGCCAGCACCGCCGGAGGCCUCAUGGGUCCACCGCAAUAUCCACCUCCGUCGUCGGCACACGCAACCGGUGGGUUUACGGGGGGCAGUGGUGUGACCGGUGGCGGUACCGGUGGGGUCGGGCAUCUGUCGGGCCUGCUGCCCACUAAUCCACCGAAUUAUAGCGCCACCAUGUCGAUGUAUGCGAACGGACGCCCGGUACUGGCGAGCCGGAUACUGGAGAGUGCCGUCGAUGUUGUACCUAGUCAAAUACCGCCACCGAUGGAACUGCCGCCCGAGAGUAGCUCCUUCCGGAGUCCACCGAACUAUGCUCAAACGGCACAUCGACGAAUUGCCGGCAGCAGCAACAGCAGCAACAGCAGUACCACCAUUCCACCGCCCUACCCUGCCCCGCACCAAAACUUUGGUAACUCAUCGCGCAUCAUCUCCGCGGUCGGGAUAUCGCCGAUCGCGUCCAACUUUGUUGCACCGACCGUCAAUGCGCUCUCGCCUAUGUAUACCGGCAACAGCGGUGGUGGUGGCGGUGGCGGCACAUCCGUAGCGUCUCCGGGAGUCGUCAGUGGUGUGUGUGCCAGCUUGCCGCCAGCAAUACCGGCACGGUUGCACGAAACGAUCGAUUCGGGGCCGCCUCCAUUGCCCCCGCCGAGUAUAGACCUGUCGGCGGAGAGCAGUUCCGUGACCGUGCUGAGCAGCGCUGCUUCCGGAGAAGCUGCCGCAAAGCAACACGAGGACAGUGUGGACCAUCCAAAUGAUUCAGUUGAGACGGAUCGUCUGGCAACGAUUUCAACGGAUGUUUAAACACCUUCGGGAGAAAACUAAAACCAAAAAACUAGAGCUUAAAACAAAAAACUAAAACCGCGUUAAAAGGGCAAGAGGGUGGUGAUAAAUUGAAACUUCCAUGUAGCGUGACUAAAGCGGAGACAAACAAUAUUUAAACCAAAAGGGAAGACAGAAGGAGACAUGUAAAUCGCCCGCCCAAUAGUUAAGGGCGGCGGGCAAUCGUUAAUCGUAUUGGAUGGUCUAUAAUUGUUGUUGCAAAUAAUCACAUCAGUGUCUAACGAACUGCUGGAUGUUUGAAAAGAUAUAAAUAGAUAAUGCACAUACAUACAUACAAACCAUAACCGCCGUUCCCAUCUACCGAAAGUGAAGCGUUUCGCUAUCGGAAAGCGAUCAUGCUGCAGGCGGCGUAUGAUCGUCUCCACAAAAGGAUAAAAAACACACACAACAUUGUCUCGUCAAACCGUGUUGUAAUGACUCUCUUUUAGACGUAUUUACCCAAUUCUCGUAGGGUAGGAGGGUGUGUUCUAUUGCGCACUAUACUGAGCCUACUGAAGGGUCGUCUAGCUGGUAGAAUUUACUGUAGAAUGAACGUAUGUAUGUGUGUUACUGUAACACAGGAAGUGCGUCUAGUUACUCAUCUCUUCUCCCCCGCUAUCCUUCUCUUAUUCUCUCUCUCUCUCUCUCUCUCUCUCUCUCUCUCUCUCACACACACACACACACACACACACACACUUUUAUAUCCUAUUGUGUGCGUGUGCCCAAAAGUCAACGCGAAUAAAUCGUACCACUUUUUUCCAAUCCCACAAGACUGACGACGAUAGAAGCAAACGCACGCGUAGAUAAAACUAUUUUUUGUAAGAUUAUUGUACGCGAGACUAAAUCUCCUUGACAUUGCGACACAUACAAACUGCAACCCGUAUAGUCAUUAGAAAGCACCGAUCUAUGAAUCAUCAUGAAUAUACUACGGGUGUGCCGUGUGGUUUGAUGUUGUGUGCUACAUUUAUUGAAGAAUAUAUAUAUAGAUAUUGUUGCACUUUUUGGUGUCUAUCAAUGGGUGAUGGAUCAAUGAUUGUUCCAAUUGUACUGCUGCAAUGAUAAAAUGGCAGCUGGCAGCAUAGAAGCCGAUGAGUACCUUGUGCAAAACAGAUAUUGAUGUUAAAGAUUUAUCUAUUAAAAAAACAUACACCUACUGAAAUACUGAUGGCGUAAUUGGAUUACGAUCCCGUUUGAUAUACACUUAAAGAUGCCUAUGCACACAUCCACAUCAAUGUUCUCCACUGACCAAUCGUAACUAAGCAAAGCAGAAGCAUUUUCUUUUAAUAUUCCAAUGAAGAGAUAAGCGUAUUUGUGUGAGCACCUUUUCUACCCUUGUCUACUAGCUUAUUAUUCUGAGAGAAAGUCAUUAACAAGCGAUAUUAGUAAUUAUUUUGCAAAACGAUAUCAUUCAUCACUUGAAACUGUGUCAUAUCGAAAGUGUGUUCUAUUUUUUUUUUAGUUGGCUGGUACCUCUAAAUACAGAUAGAAAUUGGUUACCCUUUUCUUAGGUUCCUUUUUGGUAGCUACUACUAGAGUGCGAUCGAUGAGUAGGAGCAGCAUAGUGGAGACUUUAUAUGUACUCUCUAUAGCGAGCAAAUCGCGCGCGCCCCCUUUCGGGCAAAUAUCUAACCAUGAUGCCUAAGAGCAAAACGAGAAAAGGGUUGCAAGGAAGAAAUAUUGAAUUAUCUAUAAGGGAUCUAUAGGGAAUGCGAAUCAAACUAGAAAGAAAGAAAAUUAUAAAAUAUAUCUAUAAGAAAAGAAAAUCAAACUAGGAAGUGUAAACAUAGUGGAAAACUAUAUUAUAUUUAUGGAUGUCGCAAUACCAAUACCCAGAACCAAAGGCACACAAAGCAUCCAAGAUAUUCAAAUAUAUGAUAGAGUGUUGUUGCAUUUCACAAAAUGCCAAAAGAGAGAAAAAAAGUGUUUCAGUAUCAAAAACAAUGUCAUAAACCUCAUCUCCCGAGACUAAAGCAUACACCUGCACAUCCCGUUUAUGCAAUCUAUUCAUAUAUUGGUAUUCAUAUUGAUGUACACUGAUGCAACCAAUGUUAAACAUUGAAAUAGGACGAACAGAUAGAGAACAUGUGAGGUGUACUAACACAGGGUUUAAGGCAAAUAAUGUGAUGUGAUCGGGGAGAAAAAAAAAACACAGCUAAACGGAGUGGGUUUAUUAGUAGUUCCGUGCAAGAAACGGUAAAACAAAACCAGAACCUUUUACCCGCUCUCUCGUGCACUUCUUUUGCUAUCAAUAUUCUAUUCGCUUGACAAACGUGUGUAUGUAUACGUAUAUGCCGCCAGAAAUUGUGGAGAAAUAAAGAAGCAACCCAAUAUCAAACACA